AUGAGUCUUCAAGCUGGGAUCUACACCGUCACAAAUGUGUACUCGGGUAAUCGCGCAAGCCUCCCUAAUGAUGACGAUAGGGUGAACGUCGUAUGCAAGAUUCCCUUUACUAGCUCAAAAGUCACAGACUCCGAAAAGUGGGAGUUGACCGCAUCGUCAAACGGGCGCUAUACAAUCCAGAAUGUUCUUUACAAAUACUAUCUCACCACGACCAUUCGACCAAAGGCGUCCGCUCCCAUCUUCGGAACAACAUCUCCGGACUGGUGGACCAUCACUGAGAUUCUCCCCGUCAAUGAAAGUUUUGGCCAGGAGACAUACAGUAUCCUAUGCAAGGACCACUCCAAUCUAGGAUGGGCUCUUCAUGACGAUGACGACGAGACACCAAUUGAGCUUCAAUCGUUUGCGCGAGACAACCGUAACCUAUGGAAGAUAUCACCGUAUCCUCCUGUUCCAAGAAAAGAAUUUCCCUUCACUGACAGGUCGAUUCUUCGUCUAUCUUCUGUGGAGAAAACAUCUGAAGCGGAGUGCCUCGGUGUGCAAUUUGAAUGGAAGUCCUUACCUCCGAACUUUGUUUUACACUUCCCGGAACCCCUCCUCAUCGUGCAUCACAGUGAAGUAGUUGCUGAAGUCUUUGUCGAGGACGAGUUCAAAACCAGUAGCGGUAUACUGUAUGCAACUAUACGAGCCAAAGACACAGCGGCCUUCACAUCCUUUGCAUCGUCGGUUUUGCUGGACGACGACAUUCAAGUCUCGCUUCAGGCUCAUAAAUUUAGGUAUUACCCUGCCGAUCCUGUUGAUAGACCAGCAGAUUGGCAAUAUCUGUAUCGUUUACGGUGGAAGAAAGACAUGACUUUUAAAGGGCUGCAUUCGUUUCGCGAGCGAGUGAUCCUACGAGAUUUUAGGAUCACAGCGAGUGAUUGCGAUAGCCACGGGCAAUUCAUGAGAGCUAGUGUAAUUGCGAACAUCAUGAAUGCGUCGUGUUUCACUUCCACAGCUACGAUUGCAGUUGGCGUAUAUUACGGUUCUUCCAAGGUCGGCACCGCAGAGUACAAGGAUUUGCAACUCCAGCCCGAAAAGGAUAAUGAGUUGUUCAUCGACUGGAAAUUUCGUCCCUUGAAUCCUGCCAAUAGCGAAGUACAGAACUUCAUGGACCAAUAUUUUACUACGGUGCAGCAGCUCCCUGUCACCCUCACCCUCGAGAGUAUCAGUGCGAGUAUCUGCGGCCAUUUGUUCAACUUGCCGCAUUUCGAUAUCAGCACGCGUAUCCAAGGUAUUGGAUCCAAAUUCAUCGACAGGGUCGAUAUAUAUGCGGGAGCCUGGAGUUCUUUGAUUCAACGGAAAGUUUCAUUUACGUUUGACAUCGAAAACCCGUUGGAUGCGACAUUGGAUAUCUGUUCUAUCGUGGUCGACGUUAGGAUCAAAGGAGCUCAUCUGGCCAGCGUCAAACAUACUUUCGGCAAGCAAAAUGCAAACCGUUUCAUUAUACCUCCAAAGGAAAAGGCUAAAAGCGUCAGCAUCUCUGAUGCUUGGCUAGUGUCCGGUUUUAUCAAAUCGCUACAACUUGCGGGCGACCGCAACGCAUGUCUUGAUAUAACUGUCAAAUCAGCUACUCUACGCAUUGAUCAGUUUCUGUUACAAGGCUUGACCUAUAACAUCGAGAAUGUGCCGUUCAAGCUUCAUUUCAAUGUAUUGUAA